AUGUGGGUGUUCUAUUUAAUAUCAUUGCCUAUGACAUUAGGCAUGGUGAUUUUAACAUUGUUAUAUUUUUCUGGACCUGAUGUGCCAAAAUAUGUGUUCUUCACCGUUGCAUACACCUGGUUCUGCUCUCUCUCCAUCAUCAUCCUCGUCCCCGCCGAUAUAUGGACGACAUUAAGAGGUGAUCAUAACGUUGCAAUUUCUGUUCUUUGGAGUUUGACAUAUUGGAGUACCUUCUUACUUACAUGGACUGUGAUUCCAACUAUUCAGGGUUUUGAAGAUGCUGGAGAUUUCACAGUUAAAACAAGAUUGAAGACCAGCAUACAUGCAAACCUAGUCUUCUAUCUCUCUCUUGGUUCUGUAGCACUCAUUGGUCUCAUAUUGCUCAUAACUUUCCACCAUGAUUGGAGUGGUAACAUAAUGGGUUUUGCCAUGGCUUGCUCAAAUACAUUUGGACUUGUUACCGGCGCGUUUCUACUUGGAUUUGGUUUGUGUGAAAUUCCCAGGGGAAUUUGGUUGAAUGCAGAUUGGAACAUUCAGCAGAAAGUCCUUUCCCACAAAGUUGCAAAAAUGGCUGUCAAGUUAGAUGAUGCUCACCAAGAUUUUUCAAAUGCCAUUGUUCUUGCACAGGCAACAUCAAAGCAAAUGCCAAAACGUGAUCCUUUGAGACCAUACAUGAAUAUAAUUGACAAAAUGUUGGCACAGAUGUUGAAGGAAGACCCUUCCUUCAAACCACAGGGUGGAAGACUAGGACGUGACAUGGGUUAUGACACAGACGAGAAAACCAUGGCAGAAUUAAGACGCCAUCUAAGAAGAGCUCGAGAGCAGUAUUACCGAUAUCAAAGUGAAUAUACCAAGUUUGUGUUAGAAGCCCUUGAACUGGAGGAUACCAUAAAGAACUACGAGAGCCGUGACUCCACAGGAUGGAAAUAUAUUUCAUGCUUGAGGCCUGAACGCACUGGCAGAGUUGGUGCUUUUUUGGAAACAACUGAAUUUCUAUGGCGGUGUAUAUUAAGGAAGCAACUACAAAGAUUAGCUGCUGUUAUAUUGGGAUGCAUGUCAUUUUCAAUUCUUUUAGCAGAGGCUACCAUACUAAAUGGUGUUGAUUUAUCCCUUAUCUCUAUCCUAAUACACGCUGCAGGAAAAGAUGAGAUUCUUGUGCAGUUAGCUGCAUCCAUACCCUUGAUGUAUAUGUGUGUUUGUACAUAUUAUUCCUUGUUUAAGAUGGGAAUGAUGAUGUUUUACUCAAUCACACCAAGACAAACAAGCUCGGUCAGCUUGCUUAUGAUAUGCUCGAUGGUUGCAAGAUAUGCAGCACCAAUUUCUUACAACUUUCUUAACCUUAUUGAUAUCGGCCGCAACAGAAAAACCAUUUUUGAAAAGAGGAUGGGAAACAUUGAUGAUGCUGUUCCGUUUUUCGGGAAAGGAUUUAACAAAAUCUACCCCCUCAUCAUGGUUAUAUACACUUUUUUAAUAGGCUGCAAUUUUUUUAACUGGCUCAUCAGUUAUUUUGAGAAUUUGAUAAUCUUCAAGUUUAUUAAAGAUGAUGCAGAAGAUAUGGAUGGAUUUGACCCAUCUGGAAUACUAAUCUUGCAUAAAGAGCGUUCUCAUCUUCAACAAGGCCACAAAGUCGGCGAGCUUGUUUUCCCUUUAGCAAGGAGUUUCAGCGCGAGUAACCCGGAUCUAGAAUCAGCAGGCAAUACUGUGGCUCUGGAUGAGACUCCAAGUGGAGUUGACACUGCCAAAACAGCAGAAGAGAAAAAUAAUGAAGGCGGCGAAGGCGACAGGAGCAGGAGAUUCCGCGGCAGAAAGUAUGGAGCGCUAAGAACACAUUCUAUCGAACAGUUGCCGGGCGGUAAAGAUUUGAGAGAGGAUAAUAAUGAUUCUGAUAAAACUAGUUCAGGGCAAUCAUCUUCAUUAUCCUCAAAAUGGGAUUCAAUGAUGUCCCAGUUUAGAAGUUUAAGAUCAAACAUGGAUUCCAAUAGGUUCAAUCCUCUUGCUGUUCAAGGAACCACUCUAAGCUCACACUCUUCAUUUGAAUCCUUUGAUGAAAUAUUGAAACAUCCAAGCUCAGAAUCACAGUUUCCAGUGACUAAACUUGAUCAUGAAGUAUUCAGAAGUGACUAA